AUGUCAAGUGCUCACAAAUUUCCCGUGGAUCUCAAGCAGUUCAAGCAACUCAAGCUUGACUCCAAGAAUCCCAGUCUGACUGCCGAACAAAAGGAAGACCUUCUACACAAUAUCAACAUCUUCAGAGAUGCAAUUAUUGCCUUCACCGCAACAGGUGCCGCCCGUGGUGUCUCAGGUCAUACCGGUGGUCCCUUCGAUACCGCUCCGGAAGUCGUUAUUCUGUUGGCAUUCAUCAACGCAAACCCGAAUGGCUUCGUGGACGCAUUAUUCGAUGAAGCUGGCCAUCGAGUCGCCACUCAAUAUCUUCUAGCUACCCUAGAUGGCAAAAUUGAUCCCGAACACCUCCUUAACUACCGUGAUGCGAACUCCAAGCUCCCCGGCCAUCCCGAACUCGGUCUCACACCUGGUGUCAAGUUCAGCUCCGGUCGCCUGGGUCAUAUGUGGGGAAUGGUGAACGGUAUCGCGAUGGCUAAUAAGGGUAAGAAUGUGAUUCUGCUUGGUUCAGAUGGAUCUCAACAAGAGGGUAAUGAUGCCGAAGCUGCGCGUAUUGCUGUUGCUCGGAAUCUCAAUGUCAAGUUGUUUGUCGAUAACAACGAUGUUACUAUUGCUGGACAUCCUUCGGAGUAUCUGAAGGGAUAUGAUAUUGGGAAUACUCUUUCCGGACAUGGCCUUCACGUUGUACGUGCUGAGGGUGAGAAUCUGGACUCACUUUAUGGUGCUAUGUGCGAGGUUAUCAACCACAAGGGACCUGCUGCUGUAAUUGUGGAUCGAGUGAUGGCCGUUGGUAUUGAAGAUAUCCAGGGCGAAUGCCACGCUCACGAUGUCAUUACCGUUGAUGCUGCUCGCAAAUACCUUACCAAGCGAGGCUACAGCAAGGAGCAACUUGCUUUCUACGAUGAAAUCAAGGGAAGAUCCAACCCGCACCAGUAUCUGGGUACAAGCAAGGAUAAAGGUGCCAACCGAUCUAUCUUUGGUGAGGCUGUGAACUCCAUCCUUGACGGUAUGAGUAAAGAAGAGGCUGCUCGCCGAGUUAUGGUCAUCGACUCGGAUCUUGCGGGUUCUACCGGAUUAAAAGCGAUUCAAUCCAAACAUCCUGAAGUCUUCAUUCCAAGCGGUGUCAUGGAGCGAGGUAACUUCUCAGCUGCAGCUGGCUUCGGCUUCGGAAGUAACGGCGAGCGCCAGGGUGUCUUUUCCACAUUCUCAGCUUUCCUCGAGAUGUGCAUUUCUGAAAUCACCAUGGCACGUCUGAACAACUGUACCGUUUUGUCUCAUUUCUCACACAGUGGUGUCGAUGAGAUGGCCGAUAACACUUGUCAUUUCGGAUUGAACCACUUUUUUGCCGACAACGGCUUAAUGGAUGCUGAGAGUACCUCAUUGUAUUUCCCAGCUGAUGGCGAGCAGAUGAAGGCUGUAGUGAACGAAGUCUUCUGGAAUACCGGAAUGCGCUUCAUUUUCUCUACCCGUGCUAAGGUUCCUUACAUCCUGAAAGAAGGCACAGAGGAUAAGCUUUAUGGAGGAGGCUACAAGUUUGUUCCUGGAAAAGAAGAGGUCAUCCGCAAGGGAUCUGCUGGUUACAUUGUCUCAUACGGAGAUAUGCUCUACCGGUCUCUCGACGCUGUGGAGCGUCUGAAGCAGAGUGGUAUCGAUGUAGGCUUGAUUAACAAGCCCACUCUGAACGUUGUCGAUGAGGACGCGAUCAAAAACUAUGGGUCUAGCCCCUUCGUCCUUGUUGUCGAGUCUAUUGCUCAGAAGACUGGUCUCGGCUCGCGUCUAGGAACCCAUCUCUUGGAGCGCAAGCUGACACCAAAGUUUAAGUCAAUUGGUGCAAUUAAGGAAGGUUGUGGUGGUCUGUACGAACAGAUCAAUGCUCAGGGCCUUGGACCUGAUGAUAUCGUCUCUGCCGUUAAGGGUCUCACAGGGAAGUGA